AUGGUUAAAAACGAAUCCCACCUGGACGAUUUGACACUGGCAAUGCUCCAGAAUAAAACAGUCUCCAUCACCCUCCCAGUUGUGUAUACAGUAGUGGCUGUGGUCAGCAUCCCUGGCAAUUUGUUCUCCCUUUGGGUGCUCUGCUGGCACAUCAAACCCAAAACACCUUCUGUUAUUUUCAUGAUCAACUUAAGCAUCACGGACCUUAUGCUGGCCUUAUGUUUCCCCUUCCAGAUUUCUUAUCACGUCCGAAGCAAUCACUGGACAUUUGGCAAGACUCUUUGCAGCCUUGUGACAGUGAUGUUCUAUUCCAACAUGUAUUCUUCCAUACUGACCAUGACCUUUAUCAGCAUGGAGCGGUACAUGGGUGUGGUACACCCCUUGAAGUCGGUCAAGUGGAGAAGAAAAAGAUAUGCCUUGGCUGCCUGCCUAGCUAUGUGGUUUGCCUUGCUACUAGCCUUCUACCCACUAGAAACUACAGACCUGACCUAUGAAGUGAAAGAAUUAGGGAUUAUAACCUGUUUUGAUGUCCUUAAAUGGAAUAUGCUGCCCAACUUUGCAGCUUGGGUAGCCUUUCUCCUAACUUUAUUUGUUGUGCUGUUCCUGAUCCCUUUUGUUGUAACAGUUGGAUGCUACAUUGGUAUCAUUAGGAAGCUAAUUCAGACAUCAAGCAGAUAUGGCAAUAGGCAAAAGACUAGAUCCAUAUACCUGGCAAUAAUUGUCCUUCUGUCCUUCAUCACUUGCUUUGCCCCCAAUAACUUUAUCCUACUUGCACAUAUGAUCAGCCGCCUAUUUUACAACCGCAGUUUGUACCCUGCCUACAAGCUCACCUUGUGCCUCAGUUGCUUCAACAACUGCAUAGAUCCCUUCAUUUAUUAUUUUGCAUCGAGAGAAUUUUACCAGAAAUUCAUGCAAUUGUUUCGUCCUAUGGUACCACUCAGCGACAGCUCGGAAAACAGAAGGGAAAGUUUAUUCUCUGGCAGGACCAUGUCAGCCAGAUCGAUGUCAAGUGGACCCAUGGAUGGGUUAGAGGGAGUAAGGAUCAAUUUGCAAAGGCAGGAAAGUGUUUUUUAGCGUUAGAUAUUCCCAGAAGAAAGACACCUGUGAAACUCAGGAGUAGACACAGAAAACAUUUCCUUUUGAAAGGCCAUGCUGAAAAUACCUUGCUUCAGUGACAGAACUCAAGCUGUACUUAAAUUGCAUUUCAGGAUUUUCUGGUCAUGGAAGUGCUAAAAGAACUGAAUUUCUUCAAGAAGGCACUGAAGCAAAUCAAGCAGGGCUAGCCUGGAAAUAACCUUGCUGCAUAAGACCAAGGGAUAGGUUUAGAACAGUUACUCUCAGGUUGUACUAUGGUUAACCAAAGACUUGCA